UAUCUCCCACUCUUCUUUGUCUAUCUCAUAGUUUUCUGCUUCUUGUUUAUGAUCAUGGCUCUGGGUGGUAGAAUCAGCAUUGAAAUUGGGGUUCAUGCAACUGCUGCAAAGUGGUACAACAUCUUUGCAACGCAACUCCAUCAGGUUCAAAAACUUACUGAUAGAAUUCACCAAGCCAAGCUGCAUCAUGGUCAAGACUGGCACCACAAUGAGGCCAUCAAACACUGGACUUAUAUCAUAGAUGGUAAGGUUAACACAUGUCAGGAGAGUAUGGAGUACGAUGAAGCGAAGAAAAUAAUAAUCUUCAAGCUCUUCGGUGGAGACGUGGCUAAAGAGUUCAAGUUCAUUAACCUUGUAUUUGAAGCAAGUGAUAAGGAGAAUGGUGGUGCUAAUAUCAAAUGGACUGUUGAAUAUGAGAGGCUUAGUGAAGAAGUUCAUCCUCCAUAUGGCUACAUCGAGUACCUCUACAAAUGUACUGUGGAUAUGGAUGCUCACCUCAAGGCAUAGCUUCGAAAAGUUAUGCAUAAAAUUAAGAAAGAAAUAAUGAUCUUGGCCUUAGGUUAAGCGCUUAUCCGAAGAAUAAUAAUAAUAAUAAUAUAUCUGUGUGAAGUUUGAGGAGAAGGAUGGUUAUGUAGAUCCUUCCUUUGGGUGGAAUAAAGUUGUCAGUGUGUUGCAUUAUUAUGCGUAAAACUGUUCAGUGUGAUGCAUAUGAAUAUUAAGGAGUAUUUAUGAUUUGUGUAGAA